AUGGAGACGAGUCAUCUAUGGGCCUGGCUAGGCCUCGCCGCCGUGGGAGGCGUGCUCUAUGUAAGUUCCUCAUCAAUGGUCGCCGGUAUCGUCGUGUACCGCAUCUUCUUCCAUCCUCUAGCAAAGUACCCGGGACCGCUCAUCGCAAAGGUCACGGACGGAUACCAGCUCUAUCACGCCUGGAAUGGCGAUAGACAUCUCGACUUUUACAAGCUUCACAAGCAAUAUGGCAAAAUCGUCCGCUUCGGCCCCAACUCAGUCUCCUUCAACUCCGCAACGGCACUCAAGGAAAUUUACGGCUUCCGCUCCAACGUCGGCAAGGCAGAGUUCUACAACGCCUUUGUCCACCCUGCGCCCAAUACCCACAACGCCCGCGACAAGGACGUCCACGCCCGCAAGCGCCGCGUCCUCGCCCACGGCUUCUCCGACUCGGCCAUGAAGGAGAUGGAGCGCUACAUCAUCGGCAACGUGCGCUCCUUUACCGCCGAGAUUGGCCGGGGCGCGUCUGACGAGACAAAGGGGUGGUCGACGCCCAAGAAUAUGACGGACUGGUGUAACUACCUCGCCAUGGAUAUCUUGGGAGACUUGUCGUUUGGGAAAGCGUUUCAUAUGCUCGAGGCGCCGGAUAACCGGUUCGCAUUGGACUUAAUCGCCGCGGCGACCAAAAGGCAUCUUUUGUGUGGUACCAUGCCCAUCGUAGACAAGCUCAAGCUCGAUAAACUUCUUUUCCCGACUAUUGCGGCCGGACGGGCGCGGUACAUGGCCUAUAGCAAGGCGCAGUUGACGGAGCGGACGAAGCUCGGUGAAGAUACGGACCGACGCGACUUCUUCUACUACCUCCUGAAGGCGCGCGACCCGGAGACGGGAUUGGGCUUCUCGACGCCGGAGCUCUGGGGCGAGUCAAACCUGCUUAUCAUCGCCGGCGCCGACACCACGUCGACAGCCAUGGCAGCAACCCUCUUUUACCUCUCUCGCAACCCCGCGGCGCUCCAGCGCGCAACCGCCGAGAUUCGCAGCAAGUUCUCCGAAGUCGAGGAGAUCCGUCACGGCGCGACAAUCAACACAUGCACCUACCUCCGUGCCUGCAUCGACGAGGCGAUGCGUUUGUCCCCCUCCGUCGGCGGCCUCCUCCCACGCGAGGUUCUCGCAGGCGGCAUGACAAUCGACGGCGCGCAUAUUCCGGCAGGAACCGUCGUCGGCACACCGCACUACACGAUCCAUCACAACGAGGACUACUUCCCCUCAGCGUAUGACUACGUUCCCGAGCGAUGGAUCGUCGGCGCGGCGAACCCGUUGUUUGGGGGCAGAGAGACGACCGAGGCCGACACGGCGAGGGCGCAGAGCGCGUUUUGUCCAUUCUCGAUUGGAGCCAGAGGGUGUAUUGGCAAGGGGCUCGCGUAUGCUGAGAUGUCGACCGCAUUGGCGAGGACGUUGUUCUUGUACGACGUGCGCAAGGCGGUGGGCGUACUUGACCCGGCCGAGGGACGCGCAGAUUUGGAUGAGGGCCGGAGGCGGGUCUCGGAGAUGCAGUUGUACGACACGUUUACGAGUAUGAAGGAUGGGCCAUUAUUGGAGUUCAGGGCGAGGGCGUGA